UAGGAACAGUUCUGACUUUUGGAAUAGUUUGAAGAACCACUUGUAGAAGUAGAAGUCUGUUCUAGCACCCUCUUGUGUAUUUUUUCUCAGCUUCAUCCCUGUCUCUCUCCUUCACCCCUCUCCUGCAUACCCCACUCCCUCUUGCUCCCUCACCCCUCUUCUCUUUCUUCUUUGCUCGGCUGUUCCUGGACUGAUUUAUUUGGCCCGGUGCAGCAGAGCUAGUGGGAAAGCACCAGGCUAUAUUUGUCGGCUGCUGAGGUUGGACCUGCUUCAUGGUGAAUGACUUUGGAUCUGGGUUUACCUGCUCACACCUGUACCUGCUGCCUCCUCAGCAUCUGCUUUGCCCUGAAAAAGGAACUAGCGAGACCCUUUGUUUGGUAGUUUCAUACUCCUGAAUCCCUCUGUCAGGAUAAAUGGAAUUCAGAUGUGAAGCAUUUCUCCCAAUCCCUUAUUAUUGGAGCUAAAGAAUUGAAUUGGAUCUAAAGCUCCCACCAAACUUUGCAGCUCAGUCUCACUGCCAACAGAAACCUUAAGUUUUCAGAGUGACUUCUCUUUGGGUGAAAAGACCGCCUUGGUCAAGAGUGUUUCAGAUUCAGAUGCCAAACUUCUGGUUGUUCUUCCCAAGGUUUCAGAGUUGAAAAAAUACUUUGAGGGAGUUGUCACAAAGGAUUUGGGAAUGAACAGGAAGGAGAGGAUAGCCCGGCGCCUGGAGGGGAUUGAAAGUGAUGCUCCACCUGCAUUGGUGCCUGGCGGUUUAGUAGCCAACAGAAUGCUGGAGGAGGAUCCUCCGCGGUACACCCGCGCCUCAGAUCCCUGUGAGCCUUGUGUGAUGGUGAGGCGUUACAGUCGAGAGGAACUGGAGGCACCCCAGAAGCAGCUGUCAUCUCUAGACAGAUCACCACAGGUCAAAGGUGGUGUUGGCAGCAGCCGUCCAGAGCCAGUGUUGGUGUACGUUGACCCGAUAACAUUGUCCACCUCCUCUACACCCACAUCUGCCCCCAUAGACCCCACCAGCCUCAGUUCCAAGGCUGAACGCAUUGCCCGCUACAAAGCUGAGCGCCGCCGGCAGCUGUCAGAGCGUUAUGGCAUCCUCCUGGAUCAGGAGGCGGACGUCGAUUACACACCACGCUACCGUUCCCGGCGUGAUCCAGAUGCCUCUGACCGACAAACGUCUGCCAGGCGUGACAGAGACAGACUGGAAGGAGAUGAACAAGGACGGGAACCCAAGGUGCCGUACCGCUCUGGAGUGGGCAGGGUUUACAUGAGGACUCACCCGGAUCCUGCUUCUGUUUCCACCUCCAGCCCUGCCCACUCAAACCAAGCCCCUCCCCCGACACAAGAAAGACAGAGAGGAUUCUCGGAGCGAGAAAGAGUAAUGAACAUGGAGAACUUCCGGCGCGGUGGGGCCCAAGAGCGCUCAAUUGCCUCUAGAGCCAGAACCCAAGAGCAGCAUCCGCCCCAGCCAGAACAGCAGCAUCACCCCCACCGCCAGGAAGAUGCCCACCAGGAGCCAAGCCCCGCCUCCACAAGGGAUUACAGCAUCACAGCGGUGCCCAGCUCCCCUCGCACCGCUCGCCGGGCCUCCCUGCCCUCCAGUCGCUACGGCAUCUCACCUGGGGAUUUAUUUAUAGAGCAGCAGGCCCAGAGUAUCCUCAACAGGCAGGGAAUCCGAGUAAGGGAACGAUUGUCCAGGGAUGAAACUGUCCAGAGGCCCCCAGACUGGAGUCCAGACAGGCACCAGGCUAACAGACACCGUACUCAGGGGAACACUGCUCAAUAUACGCCGCAGCGCUCAGAACCCACCCAGCAAAGGACUGUUCCCCAGCCUCAGCCCAGCCCAGGCCACCAUCCUGCCCACAGCCAGGCAACCUAUCCUCCCUCUGCUCCUGAGUACCAACACUCUGGCCCUUCUGUGGACUCUCAGCCCUAUUUUGCCAGCCCUGCCCCAGCGGCCACUGCCAAACUUCCUGCACCCCCUGAGGUACAACCACGAAGGAGAGUGAGUGCUGACCAAAUCAAUGCCACCCACAGGGAGACAAGAUUGGAGGCGAGGCAGGCCCUGAAAGAAGAGGCCCAUACAGAGGGCCUGCUUAAGAGCAGGAAAGCUGUGUUGCCCUCAGAGAUCCGCCGAAGAGAAAGGAGUGUGGAUGAUACUCAUAGGGGCCGGCAUGAAGACAUGGACUGGCAGAACCGCAGCCCUGAAUGGAGGAGAAUGAGUAGAGGCGAGGAAGACUGGGAUAGGGUGAGGCCGAGGGAGAGAGGGAGGGAGAGAAAUGUCGAGAGGAUCAGAGAAAGAGGGAGGGAUCAUCUCUCUAGCCAGGAGGAGAGAGUAUUCAGAUCUAUGCAGCCUUCCCACACCUCUGUACGCCAGCAGCCCAGGCAACAUCAAUCCGCAGAGCCUGUGUACCAUCAAGAGCCCCAAGUUGUGCAGCAAGAGCCUCAAACACACCAUCAGUGUGAACCCAGAAAGACACAACAUAGUGCUCAAAUUCAACAACAUCCUCAAAGGCAGCAUCAGUAUGACCUCUCGAGACAGCCACAAAGACAACAAAAACAGCAGGAGUAUGAGCUCCAAAGACAAGAGCCUCCAAGCCAGCAGCAAGACUCUCAUAGAAAACAAGAGCCCCAACUAGACCAGGACUUUGAGCCUCAGAGGCAGCCGCAGGGUCCCUCUGGGCACCAGAGGUCUGACUCUGCCGUCUACCUCCAAAAGGGCUCCUCUCUGCCUCAGGCCAAACAAAGAAGCAUGGAGAUAAGUGGUGGACCCAAACUCAAAAUACGAACCCGCUCCAUGUCAGAUAUAGGUAUAAGCCAGCAUUCUGCCAUGUAUCAUAUGGAGAGGGCAGCAGCCAGCAGAGAGACAUCGAGGGCCGUCCCUCCAUCAGGGAUGGCUAAUGGGGAGAGCACCCUGGACACCAGGGUGUCAGUAGCACAGCUGCGACACUCUUAUCUGGAGAAUGCCAACCGGAAACCUGAGCUUGAGACUCCUAAAAUAGAUCUGCCAGCAAUGGAGGUAGAUCCGACUAGCAGCAGUGAUCGGGACAGGGGUGCUCGGAGGCCUCGGCGCUACAUCACUCCUGGAGACAGUCGCAUGUCGGAGAGGUUUAGGACUCAGCCCAUCACCUCUGCGGAGCGGCUAGAGUCAGAUAGGUCUCGUCUAAGCCCAUCACAGCUACAGGAGGCCGAAGACGAAGAAAAACUGGAUGAGAGAGCCAAGAUGAGUGUGGCUGCCAAGAGGUCUCUCUUCAGGGAGCUGGAAAGGACGUCAGAGGGGGGUGUUCCCAAACCGCGCUCUCGAAACGCUGCCGUAGAAAGGCGUCUGAGAAGAGUUCAGGAUCGCUCACACACACAACCCGUCACCAACAAGGAGGUGGUCAAUGCUUCAAGUGAUCCUGCCACAUCGUCACAACCUCUGGGCAUCCACGCUAAUGUAACUUGUGUCCCCAGCCCCACUGUAAUCAGCACCAGUGUGACCAGCAUCAGCAUCCAUGCCUCCUCCCAGCCAGGCUCAGGAGUCCAGGAUCAGGAGACGGAGACCCAGGAGCACCAGAAACCAGCUCAAGCUCCCAGUGCUGGGGUGGAGGGAGAUGACCUGGAGGCUCUCUCCAACGAGCCUGACAUGUCCACCCUCAGCUUGACCGAGAAGAUGGCCCUCUUCAACCGCCUCGCUCAGGCUACGGGCAAGACAGCGGAGGGGGCCAGAGGAGACAGCCGCCAGCGCAGGGCCAACGCCCGGUUUCAGACUCAACCCAUUACCCAGGGAGAGGUGGAGCAGCUGAAAAAUGCCGGUGAGAUCAAACUGGAGCCCCUGACUGCCUCCCUGGUCCGCUCUGUGGCAGCAGUCACCUCCCAAGCCUCAGUCACAGCGGUAACCAUCGCGCCAGGCGGCAGCGGCGAUGAUGUCGGUCUCCGUCCAGGGAAGUCCACCGCCAUCCCCUACAUCCCUGCCCAACAACAGGCUUCCAGCACCACAAGCAGCCACCAGGAGAGGGCGUUGAGGUAUUUCUCCAUGACCCAGAGCGGGGACCCAGGCCACCCUGAGCCUGAGCGCAACUCCUCCCCUCUCCUCCCUGAGAGCCGCGAGAGAGUGGGGGCUCCUCUUGCUCCCGCCGGAUCUGCUGGUCACAGGCAGCAGGGGGAGGCGGUGGAGGAGGGCUGGAGAGAGCGUCAGGAGAAGGAGGUUAGGGGGAGACAGCAGGGAGGAGCCAGAGAAGAGAGCGAAGACAGCAGCAGUAAGGGAAAGCUGCACUCCCCCGACAGGGACCGGGACGGCAGGCAGCGGCAGCAGCAUCCCCAGCCUCAGCACUCUGCCGAGCCCUCUUUGUGGAAGGGCGAGUCAGAGCCUCUGCCAAGCUGGAGAGCCACAGACAGAGACUCCCAGGAGAGUAGGGAGGGAGCAGAGGGAGGAGGAAGAGGACGAGGAGGCUACCUGAGAGAGGCAGCUCACAGUUCCUCCACACAGGAGCAGGAGAGGAGCAGCGGCCGGAGCCAGGCUGGUAUUUCAGACUUGCCGGAUCAUCCAGCGCCACUGAGGCCACUGAUAGCUAAAGUUUCCUCCAGGACAGUGUCUCACGUUUCAAGCAGCCAGCAGCAGCAAACCAACAUCCAGCCUCCUCAAACUCUUCCUAAACCCUUCACACAACAGCCUCCUCCAACCCAACUUAAACCUCAAUCCGACAUCCAGGUCCAGCCGUACUCCCAGCCCACCCAGCCGCCGCCAACGUACCCCAAACCUUUCACCAAGUCCCCACAAACCCAGACCAAACCUCAGGGAUUCGUUCAGCCUCUCCCUAAGCCUUACCCGCAGACAGCCCCCGAGCCUCACCCCAAACCCCAGGUGCCUCCACAGACACCACCCAAACCCCAGUCCUUCCCCCAGGCGCUGGUCAAGUCCCAGUCCCUGCCCCUGGACAACAGCGAGGACUUCAGCAGGCACAGUGUCAGUUCUGGAGAUCUGCUGUCGCCCACAGAGUCUGGGGAGCUACUGUCUGACGGCAUGUCCAGCAAACAGAUGUCCAUCAGGGAGAGAGUGGCACUUCUGAAGAAGAGUGGUGAGGAGGACUGGAGGAACAGGAUCAACAAGAAACAGGAAGCGGUUCAGGUGGCGUCCACCGAUCAGCAGGCUCAGCUAUGGGAGACAGAGCAGACCUGUGAGAAGAAGGAGGAAGGGGUGGUCGUUCAAGAGUACUCCGCUGUGUCUGUGUCUGAACAGCUGUGGAAGGUGGGAGAGGAUAUCGAGGCCAAGAUGACCAUUGAGGAGAGAAAACAGAUGAUCUCGAUCCGCGAGGAUGCCUGGAAGACAAAGGGCAAAGGAGCAGCCAAUGACUCCACCCAGUACACCGUGGCUGCACGUAUGGUCAAGAAAGGACUGGCAGCCUCCUCCUCAGUUAUCAGUCCCAUCCUGUCACCGGUCUCCACCAAACUCAAGAGCAGCACGCCUGCUGUCAACAAACCACAAGAGGAAAUUGAGGCCAGACCAAACAUGGAAUCGGAUAAGAAACUAGACAAGUUGGAGAGCUUCUUGGGACGUCUGAAUAGCAAAGUGGCAGGUCUGCAGGAAACCACCAUAACAGUGACCGAGAAGGCAGUGAAGGAAGUGAUGAAGCUGGAUGAUGAAAUCUUCUCAAAGUUCUACAGACGCGUUUCUGAAUUUCCACGCAUGCCCACCAGGAUCGAGAUCAGUGAGGAUUUUGACACCAUCUUUGGUUCUCAGGGUCCCAAGUUGACGUCGGCCAUGGUGCAGCAUAAGCGGUCUGUGCGUCCAUCCAGGAACGUCCAGUCGUCCAGAAACCCUCUGAAGAUGCUCGCAGCCAGAGAAGACAUCAGACACGAGUACACCGAGCAGAGGCUGAAUGUGGCGCAGCUGGAGAGCAAGAGAAUGAAGGCCGAGAAGAAGGAGUUGAAUAAAACCUCGGAGUAUUCUGAGGCUGCUCUGGCAGGUCUGGCCAGUAAAGAAAACUUCAGCAGUGUGAGUCUGCGCAGUGUCAAUAUCUCUGAUCAGAUGUCAAACAACAGCGCUGUGCCGUACAAGAACCCCAUGCUGAUGCAGAUCAAAGGUCGUCGUCACGUUCAGACCAGAUUAGUGGAGCCGAGAGCGUCAUCACUGAACAGCGGCGACUGUUUCCUGUUGGUCACUCCAGAGCACUGCGUCGUCUGGAUAGGAGAGUUCUCAAAUGUCAUCGAGAAGGCUAAGGCAAUAGAUUUGGCCACCUUCAUCCAGACGAAGAAGGACAUGGGCUGCAGAGCGAACCAGGUGCAGACCAUCGAGGAAGGGGUCAACCCACAGGGUCCAGAUACCCAGCAGUUCUGGACAAUCUUAGGAGGACAUACUGCUUACCAACCGGCGGGUCCACCAGAGCAGGAUGAGCAGUUUGAGAAUGCCAUUGUGGAAACCAACUGUAUCUUCAGACUGCUGGAUGACAAACUGGUUCCUGACGAUGACGAGUGGGGGAAGGUCCCUCGCACCUCUCUGCUGGCGUCCACGGAGGUGUUGGUGUUUGACUUUGGCAGUGAGGUGUAUGUGUGGCACGGUAAAGAGGUGACUCUGGCCCAGAGGAAAGUGGCCUUCCAGCUCGCCAAACACCUUUGGAACGGGAUGUUUGACUACACCUGCUGUGACAUCAACCCGCUGGACCCAGGAGGCUGCAAUACACUCAUACCCAGGAAGGGCCAGGGCCGUCCUGAUUGGGCGAUAUUCGGCAGGCUGACAGAGCACAAUGAGACAAUCUUGUUCAAGGAGAAGUUCAUGGACUGGACCGAGACGCCAAAGACGCCAACCUCAAAGGAGGGCGGCGAGCUCAUACCAGAGCAGAAGGAGGCCCCGGGGCGAGAAUGCCGGCCUUACGACGCCACCAUGAUGCUGCCCUUGCUCCAGUCGACCAUUUCCACCAUCUUGGACGGGGUAAAUGUCGGCCGUGGCUACGGCCCGGUGGAGACCGAGGACCACAUGAGGAUUCAGGAGAUCAGCACAGUGUCAGUGGACGUCUGGCACAUCCUGGAGUUCGACUACAGCCGUCUGCCACGCCAGAGCAUCGGCCAGUUCCAUGAGGGAGACGCCUACGUGGUCAAGUGGAAGUACAUGGUCAGCACCUCAGUUGGUCGUAGGCAGAACCCUGAGGCGAGGAGUAGCGGGCCGGGGAAGGAGAAAUGCUGCUACUUCUUCUGGCAGGGUCGACACUCCACCGUCAGCGAGAAAGGAACAUCAGCGCUGAUGACUGUGGAGCUGGAUGAGGAAAGAGGGGCACAGGUUCAGGUGCAGCAAGAAAAGGAGCCUCCAUGUUUCCUGCAGUGCUUCAACGGAAGGAUGAUCGUCCACGCUGGCAAGAGGGAGGAGGAGGAGGAGAACACUCAGAGCGAGUGGCGUCUGUACUGUGUGCGGGGCGAGGUGCCGGUGGAGGGCCACCUGCUGGAGGUGGCGUGUCACUGCAGCAGCCUGCGCUCCAGAGCCUCCAUGAUCCUGCUCAACGUCAACAAGGCCAUCAUUUACCUUUGGCACGGCUGCAAGACGCAGCUACACACUCGCAGUGUGGGAAACACGGCCGCACUCAAGAUCAAAGAACAGUGUCCACUGGAGGCGGGUCUCCACAGCAGCAGCAAGGUGACCAUCCAUGAGUGUGAUGAGGGAGUGGAGCCUCCGGGCUUCUGGGAGGCACUGGGGAGGAAAGACAGGAAGGCCUAUGACUGUAUGCUACAAGAUCCAGGUAAAUUCAACUUCACCCCACGGCUGUUCCAGCUGAGCAGCACAUCUGGAGAGUUUAUGGCGACUGAGUUCUCCCACCCGUCCAGAGCUCCAGACCUGGUCAGCUCACUGCCAUUCCUGCAGGAAGACCUGUACAACGCACCACAACCUGCGCUGUUCCUGGUGGAUAACUUCCAUGAGGUUUACCUGUGGCAGGGCUGGUGGCCUCAGGACAGUGAGAGCACCGGCUCGGCUCGUAUCCGCUGGGACGCAGACAGAAAGUGUGCGAUGGAGACCGUGCUGCAGUACUGCAAAGAGAAGAACGAGAAGAAGCCUCAGAAGUCGUAUCUGAUCCAUGCCGGUCUGGAGCCGCUCACCUUCACCAACAUGUUUCCCAGCUGGGAACACAGAGAGGACGUGGCUGAGAUCACCGAGAGGGAGGCGGAGGUGUGUAACCAGAUCAUCCUGGUGGAGGACGUGUUGGCCCGGCUCUGUCAGAACACCUUCCCUCUGGCACAGCUGCAGGCCCGGCCGCUCCCGGAGGGAGUCGACCCGCUCCGCCUGGAGAUCUACCUGUCCGACCAGGACUUUGAAACCAAGUUGUAGGUGGAAACAGAAAGCUUUGGAAAUGAAGAGAGAGGAAUACGAAAGUUUACCAGGGUGGAAGCAAGUGAACUUAAAGAAGGCCAAAGGACUGUUUUAAGGAAGUUUUUCACCGAAGAUGGCGCGUGAAGCGGAUAAAAAGUGGACAGUUGAGAUGAAGACACCGGAAAUGUCACGUAAAUCUGUUUGUAGGUGGUAACAUGUGAGGUCAUUGGGACAGAAAUUACAAAUGUCUGAACAUGAAGAAAACGUGCAUGAAGGAUGAGACUGGACAUGCACUCGCCUUGCUUAUAGUCAUGUUUUACCUUUCAACUUUGUCAUUACAUAACAAAAUUAAAAUGGUUUAAGAGAAGGUAAAAAAAACACAUUGCUUUGGUUCAUACAUGGUAUUUGUGUGUAUUUGGAGUCUCCUCCAAACACUAAAAACACCGCUAAUGGACUUUGCGAAAGAAAAUGUGCACACUAGGGCGCACUCAGAGUGCCAUGCUAUGGUUGUGUAUGUAUGUGUGCGCGACUGUAUAUAAUGUUUGUACGCGUGCGUGUAAUGUUUAUUUGUGUAAAUGUGUGUGUGUAGGUGCGUUUGUAACUUUGUAUCUAUGUAAAAACAAAUCCUGUCACGUCAGUCGUUGUGAGGAAAGUUGUCUCUUUUUUUUUUUCGUCUACAGUGUCUGGGUGCUAUCAGGCCACGUAGGUAACUCAUAUUGCUCGACUGUGUUAAACUUGCUUAAGUGACUCUGACUUACUGAGCUCCUGAGAGGAGAGAUGUAAGAGUUGUAAUUUAAAGGUUUGACUUUUACGAGAAGGAGAAGCAACAGCUUGAUGAUUCUGAAUGUAUAGUGCCUUGCUUUUUGUGUACAGUUUAUAUACAGAAAUUCUAGUCUGCAUUUUUAAAGACUUUCUUUGUGAUAUCAGACAUAGGGAAUUAAAUCACAGUAAUGCUAAACUCAAA